UAUUUGUAAACAAAUCUAUACUGAAAUUUCAAAGAUGCGAAUUAACGAUUGAUUUAUGCAACAUCUGGUUCAAAAUCAAUAACAUCAUUAUGCGGGAAAUGUGCAUUCGUUUGCUCUCUAAAUAAAAACAUUAGAUUUGAAAUCAGAUUUCUAUCUUUAGAUAAAUUAGCAGUAAAUAUGUGAAGUCUGUGUAUGGUUGUGACCUAAAUUCAAUAAAUAAUAGAUGUUCAGUUCAUUCCCGGCUUGAUUUAGAUCAGUGUAUAGUGAGACUGCUAGCAUGCUACGAGUGCAAGAAUUCGAUAUUUCUCACUGUAUCAAGAUGAUCAAGCAAGAUAAAGAUCUAGCAUGUUAAUUGUAACGUAUUCAAACAUUUUGAUAUAAGUCUACACUGCACCCCUGUGCAGUGUGAAUACAAUAUGUACAGUACAUGUCUGGAUUGCAUGGUGACAGAAUGGAUUAUAAAAAUCAAAGAGAUGAAGAUAUGAAGUUGCCAUACGACAAUUAUGAAAUGUUAAAAUACAGCUGAUGAGACUAACAUGUUCAGCUGGUCCCUCUGAGCAGUAUAUUACCAUUUUGUUCAAGAACAGCAACAUCCACAUCACAGAAUAUAAUGGCACGAACUACAGUUUCUAGCGAAACCUACAGAUCUUCAAAUCAAAUUGAGUCGCAAGUUGAUGUCAGGCAAAACAAUGAUGUGGUGAAGACCCAUACCAAUACAAAAACCCUAUGGGUGUUCCUUGGCUUUGGUGUGGUGCAGAUUGUCAUCGGGUUUCUGCUUGCAGUGAUUUAUUUCAGCAUCCGGGCACUUACCACAUCUCUUGAGUAUAUAGAAGUCAUUCCAACCUAUGCUAACGCUAUACUGAUUAUUUGCUCUGGAGUCUUAGUGCUUUGUUUAUACAAAAGAAGAGACAAAAUUAUUAUUAUAUCUGCCAUAAUCUUGUGUAUUGUCAGUUCAGUCCUUUGUGCAGCGGCAGGGGUGCUGACUAUGUUGCGUAUCAUGCAGACAUUCCAUAGAUUCUCAACUUGUGACUAUGACAACGAUGACCAUACAUGUAGGUGCUAUACAUCUGGGUUGAACGCUUUACCUCCAGGCAUUUACAUCUCAGAGCACAAAGAAUACAUUUUUCACAAGAGCAACAGCUGUGAAGUGAUCCAGAACAACCUUGUUGACUUCAUGUACGCCCUCUGCGUUCUCUACGGUGGUGGCAUCAUCAUCACUAUGGUUACCUCUGGCCUCGGCAUGAUUGUCUGUAAAAAUGAAAAGGAUCAAUCUUUUGUAUUAGAGCAUACCCAAGAUGACAUACACUUACAAGAAGCAGCUGGAGGUUUACAUUAUAAAAGUUCUAGUCAACGGAGUAAAUCUAGUCAAAAUACAAUACCACAGGAUGAAGCGCCAGACACAAGACUUGUAAGGGUGAGGAGAAGAGGAAGCUUACCAAGAUUGUCCAGCAAUUCAACAGACAAUGUGGGCAAUACUGGACAGCCACAGGUUAACCCCUCAUUUGUCCCAGAUAGUGAACAUCCACCUGGGAAUGGAAGAGUUAAUAAUGAAAAUGAGAAUGACUCUCCAGCAGUGACGAACCAUAUCUAUGAAAGUGUAGCUGAGAGUGCCCCCCAUGGACAACCAGUUCCCAGGACAUCACAAUGGUUCAGUGUUAACCCUUUGCUGCAAAUGCCUCGUCUCCACACCCAGGCCCUCAUUGGGAAUAGGCGCAGCACAGCAGCUUCCUGGGGAUCCCUUCCCAGUAUUGUGCAGGCUGAUUUCUCACCUAGUCCUGAUGAAAGAUCUCCCAACGGUGUUCAACAUCGGAUUCAAAGGCAUUCUUCUGUGAAUGUGUUGCCACGGCGACCACUUCAAAGAAACAGUAGCAAUGAGCUACCACCCGUCCCUCUUUCACGUCCAUAUAAUGCUCAGAGGAGGCUACCUCCUCAACCUUUACAGAGAGGAAGCAGUAUGGGUGUAGUCGACCUCCCUUUUAUGCCUGUUACAAGGUCACAGACUAGAGGAGGCACUGCCCUUCAGAGAAACAUUUCCCAAAGCUACCCUGUUCCUGAAAUCUACCCCACCCCUUUACCCAUGAUGCAUAUGUUUGGUGGUUACUCUGGGUAUUAUCCCAUGCCAACCAAUCAUACUUCAAUGAAUGCUAUUAUGAUGAAUUAUGGGUACCCUGAACCUCCUCCUCCAUAUUUCUCAGAGCCACCCCCAUAUAUUGAAAAUGAUACCGUCCCAGAGUACAUGUCAAGAAUGAACUCACCCACUGGAAGGGGUCAAAGCACACAAAGCAAUGAUGUGGAUGACUUCAUCACUGAACAACGACAAGCAGAGUCAUCUAGUGGCCAGAGCAGAAACCAUGGCUCAAAUGUAUUACAUUCCCAUGACAACCAAAGCAAUGAACUCACUGAACAUUUCAGAAGGUUCAGAAACAGAGGCAAUAAUUCAGGAGAUAUUGUCGAGACAGUCAUAUGAUAUGCUAAUAUAUAGUUGCUUUAGUAAAAACUUAUUAAUGUCACAAAAUACUGUCCUAGAAAUAUUGUUUUCAAGAAAUCUUUAUAUCUUUAUCCUUUUUCAAUCAGAAAUGCUAAUAAUAACAAUCAGUUUAAUGGUGGUGAAAUGUACCAUAAAAAGAAAUAUCGUCCCUUAAAAUAAAACCCAUUAUUGAAUCCCUCCCAGUAAAUAACCCCUAUAUAUUG